AUGUUAACAACGGUUUCCAACGGAGCGCCUCAGGCGAGGAUGCUCCAUCUGCGCACUGCGAGCCUGCGCAUCCUGGGCCCGACCAGCGCGGCCCUGAUCCGCCAUCGCCAGCAGGUCCGGGGGUUCCGCUUCGGCUUCUGCUCCACUCCCCGACAAGACUACGACCUCCACCGGGAGAUGCGCCGUCACCACCGCGCCAUCCGGCAGAAAUAUGCAGAGAAUCUACAUCGGAAACUGUCGUGGGAACAGCCGACGCAGGCAAAGGAGGUCAAGCAGGCUUUCAAGCAAUGGGCUCGGCAUUACGGCCAACUGAAGGAGGCCCGCAGAUACCGCACCCCCAGCAAUCCCACGGGUGUCAGGCCUGGCAGCAACAUCGAGGAUGUCGAGCGGGGCGCGAUGGAGCACCUCUUCUUCGGAGACCGGGGAUCAGAUCAGUCCAAGGCGUUUGUCUUCGACCACUGGACCGCACCAUUCCAGAAUUUGCGCAAUUUCUUUGCCCAUCAACAAGCGCAAAACACUUCCCAGGACUACACCUCUGCAGAGGCGUAUCGCCGCUCAAAACGCUUCUCUUCGACGGGCACGGCAGCACCCACAACUGCGUCGGCCGAUGAUUUUGUGAUUGACCCGAUCACAAAUCGCAGGGUCCCGAGGGUACAGAGUCGGGCAUCGCCAGUCCGGGAGACUGAGGAUUCCGACGUCCCUGCCGACUUCCCCUUCUUGGCAACCGAUGCCCAGAAGUCCCAAAUCGCUCAGGAGCCGAUUUUCUACGACGGCCCUCCACCGGCUGGAGAGCUGAAGCAAUACAAGCAAGUCAAGAUUGACGAGGUUCAGGAUGGUGCGCAGCUCAGCAGCGGCUCUGAGCCCGUCAUUGAGAUACCGCCAUCGCCGGAAGAGCUGAAGCAGUAUGGCCAGAUCAAGGUCGACGACAUUUCUUCCAACCCCGCUCCCCUGGACACUGUUGUCCAGGAUGCUGAUCUUCCACCCACUGCAGCUGAGCUGCGUCAGUACGGACAGGUCCGCAUUGACAACAUUGAUUUCGCGCCGGAAGCGACUGUCUCCCAUGCAAGCGAGACUGGGCAUCUGCGCUGGAAAUACACCGGUGUUCUCAGCGGCGCUCCUCCCGCCGAAUCAGGUAUCCACAACAUCACUGCCGCUAUGGAUGCUGUUCCCCAGCCGACGAAGUCCUCCCUCAAUAAGGCGAUAGAAGAGUUGAAGCAGUACAAGCCGGUGAUGCAUAACGAGGAUGCGCAAGCCGAGCCGAGCCAGCAAUACUCUGAUCUGCACAAGUACAAGCCUGUUAUGACGGAGAACGACACGAUUCUACAGCAAGAGGCAGCGUCGCCCUAUGAGGAUCUCCACAAAUACACGCCGGUCAUGUACAAUGAGCCCGAUGGUAAGCCUCCCGGUUAUGUCGAGCGCGAGAUCCCUCCUGAGCUGCACCUGUACAAGCCUUUCCUCCACAACGAGCCCGACGGCAAGGCUCCCGAGUUCGACCAGCCCAGCUACGACCCAGCUGAGCUGGCGAAGUACCAGGCUGUCAGGUGGAACGAGCCGGACGGGCAGCCUCUCGUCACAGAGCAAGCUGACAAGGUCGAUCCAGCCGAACUGGCCAAGUACACUGCCGUGAGGUACAAUGAACCUGACGGGAAACCGCUCGACGCAGUCACCGAGGAGCCGCCAGCGGAGGAGCUGAACAAGUAUGGCCCCGUUGCGUACAACGAGCCAGACGGCAAGCCCAAGGAGGCGGACAUGCCCGUCGACCCGGUCAUGGAGCCAGUGCCAGAGGAGCUGGAGAAGUACGGCCCCGUCGCGUACAACGAGGGGGGAAGACCCGUGCCACUGAGCGAGGAUGUACCUACCAUCAAUGAGGGCGAGAUGCCAACGGCGCCGGAGCCCGAGCUGCAAAAGUACGGCGAGCCAGUCAAGUACAAUGAACCCGAUGGCAAGCCAGCUGCCAAGGCCAGCUCGGUCGAGGACGCGCUGCGCGAGUUUGACGAGCACCCCGAGAACUCUUGGGUCGCCGAGGCCUCCGCCCCUGCGGAGAUGACGGAGGAGUCCUUUGAGGAUGUCAUGGGCCGUCUGCGCAAGAUGUCCCUGAAGCCUGCGCAGGAGACACAGCCCGAAGAAGACCUGGACUCGCUCCGAGCGAGCGAUGUGCGUGCCGCUGCUGGGAUCGCGACCGCUGCCAAGCCGUCGUCCAAGGACCAGAUGACUGGCAACUUUGCGCGCGACUUCCCCGAGGAGUUCGCGGCCAAGUGGACUCGUGGCGAGCCUUCUGCUUCCGCCUUGACAUCCACGGGCUCGACCUCGGCCGUCGCUUCCGCCGCUCAGAAGUCAGAGCCAAGCACUGCACGAACCUACGCUUCAGCCGCCGGCCUGUCGCGCAUCGAGCCCUCCCUCGAUCGACAGACCAAGCCAUUCUCCCGACGCAAGUCCAAGUUCACAUCCAUGACGGCUGAGGAGAGGCGCCUCGCCCAGUCGGACCCCUACUCGACCGCCCCGCAAGGGCUCGAGACCUCGUACGCCGAGGAGACGGAGGGCCAGCAGACCUGGCCGACCUUUGUCAAGAUCUACAGCGGCAAGACGAAGCAGCGCGACAACAAGCCCCCCCAGCAGCAGCAGCAGGUCUACAAGAUCCUGGCCUAUGACCCGUCGGCGCAGGCCGUCAGCACGGCCGAGACGACGUCGGUCGUGCCGGACGCGGCGUCGCCCCUCACCCCCGCCGAGGCCCUGCUGCGGCUGUCGAACCCGACCAAGUUCCUGCCGCACUUUGCGCCGCUCCGGGCCCAGGGCUUCGAGAUCGUGUCCGGCAAGGACGACGUCCUGGUCUUCCGAAAGGUGCGAGAUGCAGAUAGCCCCUCCUCCUCCUCCUCCGAACCCCAAACCACCACCACCGGUAGUGCCGAGGCAGAAGCAGCUCUCACGCAGCAAGAGGCCAACACCACCAUCCCUGCUCCCUCCGAGUCUAACCAGUUGUCGUCUGCAGCGUCCCACCCUCCUCCUCCAGCAGCAACAGCAGUGAACCCCAUCGACAUGAUGGGCGCGCGCAGGUUCGCCUCGCCGACGGGCUACGUCAACUACGAGGAGCUGUCGCCGCUCGCCGCCGCCGCCGCGGCGAGAGAAGAGGCGCCGGCUUUCAGGUCCAACAUCGACGUCCGGCGCGAGGAGCCCGUGUUCAGCGGCGCGCGAGAAGAGCAGCAGUGGCAGCGGCAGCAGCAGAGACACAGACCGCGCAGGGCGCGCAAGGUCGUCAAGAGGGUUGCCGUGGGCGCCGCGUGGGUCGCGGGCAUAUCGUACGCGCUCGGCGUCGUCGGGGAGUACUUUAGGUCCGGCGGCGCGGACGGCCUGGGCCCGAGGGGUCUGUGA